UGAGCGGGGUGGGGGGAGGGGAGCUCGUUGGGUCCUGACAGGGAGGGGCGUCAGACUUCGGCCUAGAGGGUUUUCUUGGAUCUGACUUCGAGGCGUUGCUGGGAUCCGUUGAGGGGAAUGCCCCUGGGGGUGUUUACCCAGGCCGAACUGGGGGAGGCUGCAAGGAUCGGACCAGGGGGUUACUGACACGAGGUGGUGGGGGGCUCGGCCGAACUUGACUGGGAGAGGCAACAGAGAUCCGUCAGCAGGGGUUACUGCUGACAGGGUCGGAGGGAAUUUCAGGGAGAGGCUUGGCCAGACCUGAUUGGGGAAGGCGACUGGGAUCGGUCCAGGGGGCUCCUAUAGUGGGUUGGCCGGGCUUGGCUGGCUCUCAUUCGAAGAGGCAGCAGAGACCUACCUGGGGACUGCUUUGGGCCUGAUUAAGGGGAAUCCUUAGAAUUUGGCUAGGCCACAGAGGGGGAUAUCUGGCAUCCACUGAGCUUGAAGGGCAGGAACAGGGGACAGGAGAGAUCAGGACGAUCGUCUUGGGACGGCGCAUCUGGGGAAGCUCAGAAAUUGGACUAGGGCAGGAGGCCUCUGGGAUCUGGCAGAGGUUAAGGGCCGAGUGUCGGGGGAAGGGGACUCUUCAGGGACUGUGCCUGCACGGAAGAGACCACGGGGGCCGGGGCGCUAUCACGGUCUGGGGCGGGGCCCCUGGAUGUGGAGGCGGCUGGGCCCUCGCCCAGCCGCUGCGAGGGAGGUGGAAGCCUUCGGGCUCGGAGCCGGGGUCGGCGGCAUGGGCCACCCUGGGACGAGGGCUCUUCGCUGGGUCCCAUGAGGAUCCGCCGGGCCCCGCCGCCGCCGCCUGUGGCCCGUUUCCACAUCCCCCCUCCCGCACUCCCGAGCCCGCGACUGCGCGGCCGAGGAUGGCGCAGCUGGCGGGGACCCCGCACUUGGGCGGGCGUGGAUCGGAGGCCUCCGCCUGUCCGCCGAGGGCGUUCCCGUCGUCAUGCGGCCACCGCGGCCUCAGGGGCUCCACCUGGGUCUCACACGGAGCCCCAGAGACCCAGCGCUGACCCCGGCCCCUACCUCCGCAGCUUGCCUUGCGCCAUGGACUGGCAGCCAGACGAGCAGGGCCUCCAGCAGGUCCUGCAGCUGCUCAAAGACUCACAGUCGCCCAACACAGCCACUCAGCGCAUCGUGCAGGAUAAACUCAAACAACUCAAUCAGUUUCCUGACUUCAACAACUACCUGAUUUUCGUCCUGACCAGACUCAAGUCAGAAGAUGAGCCAACACGCUCUCUCAGUGGCCUCAUCCUCAAGAACAACGUGAAGGCACACUAUCAGAGCUUCCCACCCCCUGUGGCAGACUUCAUCAAACAGGAGUGUCUCAACAACAUUGGCGAUGCCUCCUCGCUCAUCCGAGCCACCAUUGGCAUUCUCAUCACCACCAUCGCUUCCAAGGGCGAGCUGCAGAUGUGGCCCGAGCUGCUGCCCCAGCUCUGCAACCUGCUUAACUCAGAGGAUUACAACACUUGUGAGGGAGCCUUUGGAGCCCUGCAGAAGAUCUGUGAAGACUCAUCAGAGCUUCUGGACAGUGACGCCCUCAACAGGCCCCUCAACAUCAUGAUCCCCAAGUUCCUGCAGUUCUUCAAGCACUGCAGUCCCAAGAUCCGGUCCCACGCCAUCGCCUGCGUGAACCAGUUCAUCAUGGACCGGGCCCAGGCGCUGAUGGACAAUAUUGACACCUUCAUCGAGCACCUAUUUGCCCUGGCCGUGGAUGAUGACCCCGAGGUGCGGAAGAAUGUGUGCCGUGCCCUGGUGAUGCUUCUGGAAGUGCGGAUCGACAGGCUCAUCCCCCACAUGCACAGCAUCAUCCAGUACAUGCUGCAGAGGACCCAGGACCAUGAUGAGAACGUUGCCCUUGAGGCCUGUGAGUUCUGGCUGACGCUGGCCGAGCAGCCCAUCUGCAAGGAAGUCCUGGCCUCCCAUCUGGUCCAGUUGAUCCCCAUCUUGGUGAAUGGGAUGAAGUACUCGGAAAUUGACAUCAUCCUGCUCAAGGGGGAUGUGGAGGAGGAUGAGGCCGUCCCCGACAGUGAGCAGGACAUCAAGCCACGCUUCCACAAGUCACGCACAGUCACACUGCCCCACGAGGCUGAGCGGCCUGAUGGCUCCGAGGACGCGGAGGAUGACGAUGAUGAUGAUGCUCUGUCUGACUGGAAUUUGAGGAAGUGCUCAGCGGCUGCACUGGACGUCCUCGCCAAUGUCUUCCGAGAGGAACUGCUGCCCCACCUACUCCCACUACUCAAAGGCCUCCUCUUCCACCCCGAGUGGGUGGUCAAGGAGUCGGGCAUCCUGGUGCUGGGCGCCAUUGCUGAGGGCUGCAUGCAGGGCAUGGUGCCCUACCUGCCCGAGCUGAUCCCGCACCUGAUCCAGUGCCUGUCGGAUAAGAAGGCCUUGGUCCGCUCCAUCGCCUGCUGGACGCUGAGCCGCUAUGCCCACUGGGUGGUCAGCCAGCCACCCGACAUGCACCUCAAGCCCCUGAUGACUGAGCUGCUCAAACGCAUCCUGGAUGGCAACAAGAGGGUACAGGAGGCGGCCUGCAGUGCUUUCGCCACCCUGGAGGAAGAGGCCUGCACGGAGCUGGUGCCCUACCUCAGCUACAUCCUGGACACCCUUGUCUUUGCCUUUGGGAAAUACCAGCACAAGAACCUGCUCAUCCUCUAUGAUGCCAUUGGCACCCUGGCCGACUCUGUAGGCCACCACCUCAACCAGCCGGAAUACAUCCAGAAGCUGAUGCCCCCACUGAUCCAGAAGUGGAAUGAGCUCAAGGACGAAGACAAGGACCUCUUCCCCCUGCUGGAGUGUCUGUCAUCGGUGGCCACCGCCCUGCAGAGUGGCUUCCUGCCUUACUGUGAGCCCGUCUACCAGCGCUGUGUCACCCUGGUGCAGAAGACACUGGCUCAGGCCAUGAUGUACACCCAGCACCCCGAGCAGUAUGAGGCUCCCGACAAGGACUUCAUGAUCGUAGCACUGGAUCUGCUCAGCGGCCUGGCUGAGGGCCUGGGUGGUCACGUGGAGCAGCUGGUGGCCCGCAGCAACAUCAUGACAUUGCUGUUCCAGUGCAUGCAGGACUCGAUGCCUGAGGUCCGGCAGAGCUCCUUUGCCCUCCUGGGAGACCUCACCAAAGCCUGCUUCAUCCAUGUCAAGCCCUGUAUCGCCGAGUUCAUGCCCAUUCUGGGCACCAACCUGAACCCAGAGUUCAUCUCCGUCUGCAACAAUGCCACCUGGGCCAUUGGUGAAAUCUGCAUGCAGAUGGGGGCAGAGAUGCAACCUUAUGUGCAGAUGGUCCUCAACAACCUGGUGGAGAUCAUUAACCGACCCAACACACCCAAGACACUGCUGGAAAACACAGGUCGCCUGACGAGUCCCUCUGCCAUUCCAGCCAUCACCAUCGGCCGCUUGGGCUACGUGUGCCCCCAGGAGGUGGCACCCAUGCUGCAGCAGUUCAUCCGGCCUUGGUGCACGUCCCUCAGGAACAUCAGGGACAACGAGGAGAAGGACUCAGCCUUCCGUGGCAUCUGCAUGAUGAUCGGUGUCAACCCGGGGGGCGUUGUGCAGGACUUUAUUUUCUUCUGCGAUGCUGUAGCCUCCUGGGUGAGCCCGAAGGAUGACCUUCGGGACAUGUUUUAUAAGAUUCUCCACGGCUUCAAAGACCAAGUUGGGGAAGAUAACUGGCAGCAGUUCUCUGAGCAAUUCCCGCCGCUGCUCAAGGAGAGGCUGGCGGCUUUCUACGGGGUCUAGGUGAUCAUGGAGACUGCCAGGUUUCUGUCUGCGUCGUCGUCGGAGGGAUUACUGGGGAGUGCGCUGCAUCCGGAAGUCGCUGUGCCCUGGUUGAGGGGGGUUAGGGAGGAGUGAGUGGGACUCAAAUCCAGAUGCCUUCCCCGUCCGUCCGUCCAUCCGUCCACCUGCCCUCCUGGCAGGUGGGUGAGGCCACCAUGCUCAUCCUACAAACGGGGAGGUGGGGGGGACUUCUGGUGGGCAAGGGCCCUUGGGCUCUAAUAGGGUCAUCUCUGGCAGCCCACUUGGGCCAGCUACAUGGGAGGGAGGAAUUACACAGCUGACCGAAUCCGGCUUCGGAUGAGGUGAGGGAGGAGCAGGUCAGGAGGGGGGCCCUCGCAGGGACGCCUGCACUCACACGGACACACGUGGCCACACGCAUGUGCGGGUGCCAUAACCGGCAAGGCUGGGCCAGCCGCUCCACCAUUUCCCCGACUGCAUGGAGACAGUAGAAUUAGUGAACCCCUGAGUUAACCGUAAGGCCUUCCGUGUAACCUGCAUCUAGAGUUUAAGAAGCUUCUGCUGUUUUGCCGGAAUUGGCGGUGACUGGGGAGGGCUGGGUGGGUGGGGGGCCUCAGGCGGGAUCUCGGGGCGGGGGGAGGAGGAUGGUGACCUUGGGAGUCGCCCUGUCAGCACGCACAUGCUUGGGACCCGCUCCACACACUCCCUGCCAACUUUGUUGCAGCCUCAGCUGGUGGGUCUCCGUCCUUAUCCUAGCCUAGCUCGCAGGGUGAGAACCACUGGAGUGGCUGGGGCUGGCCAGAGGUCACCGUUUCUCCUUCCUGUGUGCUCCAGUGGCUUUUCAAGACACUGGGUUGGGACCUUUUUCCUGAAGAGAGCUGGGUGUAGCCAGAGCUACUGGCACCUACCCCGAGCAUCUCUCUCUCUAAGCAGCUUCAGGGGCAGUCCGUUUCUCUGUGCUUCUGAGAGCCCCCUUCUCACGUUUCAGGCCCGAGUUUUAACUCAAGGCCCGGGGCAGGGGCAUUUGAUUGAUGAUGACAGAGGACACAGGUUUAUGCUUUGCCAGCAAAAAGGAAAACCAAGGCUUGGUGGAACGGAAAGGUGGUGUGUCCCCUGUUCCCUAUUCCAUCUCCCUGGGACUUCCUGCUCAUCAUAGUACCCGGUGAGCCCAGAGAUCCUACGAGACUGGGUCAGCAAUUCUAGAGAACCUUCCGGAAUAGUCUGGGAACAUGGUCAAGGUGGGAGGGGCUCCCCUAGAGAGGGUGGGGGUGUAGUUACUUCCCAGUUGGCCAGAAAACUGGGCCCUGCAGACCCCCUUAGCAUUUUUUCCCUUUUUUUCCUUCCCUGCUUUCUACUUCUUUGGGGAGCCCCUUGUGUUUUGGAGUUUGACUGGAGUCUCGCAUCCUGGGGCCUGCUCCAUCCAUCCCUCCUGGGCGCCAGACCCUCCAUCCAAGCCCUGUGUCUUUCCAUAGUCAGGGUCAGGCCCUGCCUCUAUUCCAAGGGGCACUCAGUACACAUUCCAUAAAUUAGCUGGGUGUCCCUGCACGCCCACCCCAUGAAACUCGAGCAGGUCUCUGGAAGCCAUUUGUUAAAAAAAAAAAAAAAAAAAGUUUUAAAAAUACCUUUUAAUUUUCUGGUAAUUCCAGUUCUUUGAAGCAUCCUCUGCUGGGUCUUGGGGUGUGUGGAUGGAUUGGCUGUCUGAUGGAUUGGUAACCCCUCGCUACUCAAGAUGGGGGGAUACAAACACCUUCAGGGAAGGGGAGCCUGGUUCUUCUCGUUUUCCUUUUUUUUUUUUUUAAAAAAAAAACUAUUUAAUUUUUUAAUUUAUUUUUGGUUAUUUUUUGCACAAUGAAGUUUCAGCUUCUCAACCUUCUCCCCUACCCAGGGCUGUGGACCCAGACUGGCCUUGAGCCACAGUCCCUCUUUCCCUCCUCACCCUCUUCCCCCUGCGGGCUCCCGGGUCUGUCCAUUUGUUACUGUGCUGUGCUGGGGAUUGGCGCCGAGGUGGCGUGAGAUUCCACUUGUGUAGAACUUUGUUGAGUAAAGAUCAGUUUCUUGUGAA